AUGAGGAUACUGGGCAGUAUAUUACUUCUUUUUGUUGUUCAAUUUGUAGCCGUCACGGGUCAAGAUGAAACUGUGUCCGACGUUUUCGACGUUCCACCCCAUACCACGGAAAAUCGCGACGUCGUUGGUCCGAGCGAUUUCCUCGGGAGGACCGAAGAAAUCAACGAAGGCUCUGACAGUUUCGCUAUAAGUACGGCAAUGGUAGAACCGUUAACUGAAGCGACAGCAGUUACAACAAAGAAACCCGAUGAAUUCCUCUGA